AUGGCCGAAAACGAGGGAAUCCUUGAUGUCCGGGUUGAACUCAACACUUUGGACAUUCUCGAGGGGGCAAAUCCAUCUACUCCGAUCGCUUCUGCACUUUCGGGAAGCGAUGAGAUUCAACAGCGAGUCUCUUCGGGCAUCUGCCUCUCACCUUUCGGAUUCGCUUCGUUCCUCGGAAUCGGAACCGUCGUCGCCACUUCCUUGUCGGCUUCAGUAUUCUACAUGGUACGACCGACUUCUCACAAGCACUAA